UAAAAUUCCAUAUAUGAAGUUUUGAACAUUCUCUCUCUUGUCUGGGUGGCACCACCAAAGCAUUCUUCACACUCUUUAACCUCUCCUUCGCUCUCUCACUUUCUCUUCCCAACCAAGAAUCAAUCAAAGUCUUCGUCCAAAAUUUAGUUUCCUCUUUCCUCUCUCCAUUUUCCUGUAGCAGUUCAAUUUCUUUUAUCUGCUCCACGGUGAAUGAAAUUACAAUACACACGUUAAAGAAGGAGAGAGGAUUGUCAUUUAUAAAUUAAUUAAUUAAUUAAUUAGAUAAUUAAUUCAUAUAGGGUUAUGUUUGGUGAAAGCUUUCCCCGAUCACAGUACAUGCAAUCGGAGCCCAGAAUGUCCAACACGGAGGCUUUAACCGACGACGAGUACACAAUGCGGACUAGCAGUUCAGCGUCGCCGAUGAGUCCUUAUUUCUACGACCAGGGUAGGCUCAGCGGCGAGGGUUCUCCCAUGAUGAUGUCGCCGUGGAACCAGACCGCCAGUUCGCCGUUUCAGAAGGUGCAGUGGUUUCCGGAUGAUGACGGCGGGAGCUUGCCUCAGAACGCUCUCGUAGGUUCUCUUGUCCGAGAGGAGGGACACAUAUACUCGCUGGCGGCUACCGGCGACCUCUUGUACACGGGGUCCGACAGCAAGAACAUUCGCGUGUGGAAGAACCUGCAGGAGUAUUCUGGGUUCAAAUCCAACAGCGGAUUGGUCAAAACCAUAAUUCUGUCGGGACAGAAAAUCUUCACGGGGCACCAGGACGGCAAAAUCCGCGUCUGGAAGGUGUCGCCGAAGAACCCGAGCGUGCACAAACGCGCCGGCACGUUGCCCACGCUUAAAGACAUCUUCAAGAGCUCCAUUAAACCCAGCAACUACGUCGAGGUUCGGCGACACAAAACGGCGUUGUGGAUAAAACAUUCGGACGCCGUUUCGUGUUUGAGUCUCUCCGAUAACAAGUUGUAUCUAUACUCUGCGUCGUGGGACAGAACGAUCAAGGUGUGGAGGAUCGCCGACUCCAAAUGCCUCGAGUCCAUCCACGCGCACGACGACGCCGUCAACGCGGUGGUGUGCGGCGAAGACGGGAUGAUGUUUUCCGGGUCGGCGGACGGCACGGUGAAGGUGUGGCGGCGGGAGCCGCGGGGGAAGGGGUUGAAGCACACUGCGGUGAAAACGCUGCUGAAGCAGGAGUGCGCGGUGACGGCGCUGGCGGUGGACACGGAUGCUUCGAUGGUUUACUGCGGCGCCUCCGAUGGGCUGGUGAACUUCUGGGAGGGCGAGAAGGGUUACACGCACGGCGGCGUCCUGAAGGGCCACAAGCUCGCCGUGCUGUGCCUCACCGCCGCGGGGACGUUAGUGUUCAGCGGGUCCGCAGAUAAGACCAUAUGCGUGUGGAGAAGAGAAGGUGUGAUUCACACGUGCGUGUCUGUUCUCACUGGUCACGACGGUCCCGUGAAGUGCCUGGCCGUGGAUGAGGACCGCGAAGCCGCCGGCAGCAGAGACCGGCGCUGGGUUUUGUACAGUGGCAGUUUGGACAAAUCGGUUAAGGUUUGGAGCGUGUCGGAAUCGAUGAACAAUUAUCAGGCGCAGCAUCAGCGCAUGAUAUCUGAUGCGGAGUCGCUGCCGUCCAUCUCCGACAGUAGCCUCUCUUCGGGCUGGGCCAGUGGGAGAAACUGAUGGGCCAGGCCCGUCUGGGCUUCGGUUUUUUUAUGGCCACGUGUUUUGAUUGGAUGAUUGUGCCUUUUUUUUUUCUUGCUCUUGGUCUCGUAUUUUUUGCUCGUUGACUUUGAUUGAUUGAUUCUACGAGAUUGGGAGUGUGGCUUGGUCGAAGAUCUGUAUUAUUAAUUAACAUGUAUUAAUGUAAUGUAAUCUGUGUAAGAAUGAAUGGUUGAGGUAGUUCAAACAAACUUCUUUACUGCUA